CCCUGUCCAUUCCAUCAAGUUCUGAAAAAUCAAAAUGGAUUUAGAGAAAAAUUACCCAACUCCUCGGACCGGCAGGACAGGACAUGGAGGAGUGAAUCAGCUUGGGGGUGUUUUUGUGAAUGGACGGCCACUCCCGGAUGUAGUCCGCCAAAGGAUAGUGGAACUUGCUCAUCAAGGUGUCAGGCCCUGCGACAUCUCCAGGCAGCUUCGGGUCAGCCAUGGUUGUGUCAGCAAAAUUCUUGGCAGGUAUUAUGAGACAGGGAGCAUCAAGCCUGGGGUAAUUGGAGGAUCCAAACCAAAGGUCGCCACGCCCAAAGUGGUGGAAAAAAUCGCUGAGUAUAAACGUCAAAAUCCCACCAUGUUUGCCUGGGAGAUCAGGGACCGGCUGCUGGCAGAACGAGUGUGCGACAAUGACACUGUGCCCAGCGUCAGUUCCAUCAACAGGAUCAUCCGGACAAAAGUUCAGCAGCCACCCAACCAGCCGGUCCCAGCUUCCAGUCACAGCAUUGUGUCCACGGGCUCCGUGACGCAGGUGUCCUCGGUGAGCACGGACUCCGCCGGCUCUUCGUACUCCAUCAGCGGCAUCCUGGGCAUCACGUCCCCCAGCGCUGACACCAACAAACGUAAGAGAGAUGAAGGUAUUCAGGAGUCUCCGGUGCCGAACGGCCACUCACUGCCGGGCAGAGAUUUCCUCCGGAAGCAGAUGCGGGGAGACCUGUUCACGCAGCAGCAGCUGGAGGUGCUGGACCGCGUGUUUGAGAGGCAGCACUACUCGGACAUCUUCACCACCACGGAGCCCAUCAAGCCCGAGCAGACCCCUGAGUAUUCAGCCAUGGCCUCACUGGCCGGAGGGCUGGACGAUAUGAAGGCCAACCUGACCAGCCCCACCCCUGCCGAUAUCGGAAGCAGCGUGCCUGGGCCGCAGACCUACCCCAUCGUGACAGGCCGAGACUUGGCGAGCACAACCCUCCCCGGGUACCCUCCGCACGUCCCCCCCGCCGGACAGGGCAGCUACUCAGCGCCGACGCUGACAGGGAUGGUGCCUGGGAGUGAGUUUUCCGGGAGCCCUUACAGCCACCCUCAGUAUCCCUCCUACAAUGACUCCUGGAGGUUCCCCAACCCGGGGCUACUCGGCUCCCCGUACUAUUACAGCGCUGCCGCCCGCGGAGCGGCCCCGCCUGCCGCCGCCACUGCCUACGACCGUCACUGACCCUGGGAGCCAGGCAGACGCCAGCACUAAUGACCCCUGUCACUGAGGGCGAUAGCCUCCCAGCCUCCUCCAAAGACAGCCAGAGGAGCCCAGUGAGGCCGUCCCCAGCACCUCCCACUCACCCGAAACGCUGCCCCCUCCUUUUCCUGCCAGGGACUCGGGUUCUGUAGUAUGGCUGCUGGGCCUCUGGACACCUGUCCAUUUCUCAGAGCCAAUCCAUGAACUUCUCCCAACGGUGAUGGGAUCGCCACAAACCAAUAGACUGUUCGGCCGAUAACUGCAGCCCCAGCCCAGCCUGCCAGCCCCCCAGCUGUCUGACCAUCUGCCCGUCUUCAGGCCCCAGGCCUGAGAAGGAGAGCUUGCUUUUGUCAUUUCAACAGCACCUGUGUA